AGGUGUUAUGGAGAAGGAGCACAUGAGGAGUCGGUGUCCCACACGUGUCUGAUGCUUCGUAAACAAGAAGAAGAACUCGUUGAAGUUAUAAACACAAACACCAGCCGGUGGCUCGCAGUUUGACUCCAGCUCCUCUGCAACCGUGUGUUGUAACAAACCACCAUGAAGUACAUCCUGGUGACGGGAGGCGUGAUCUCGGGGAUCGGGAAGGGCAUCAUCGCCAGCAGCGUGGGAACAAUCCUCAAGUCCUGUGGCCUCCACGUGACGGCCAUCAAAAUCGACCCCUACAUCAACAUCGACGCUGGCACCUUCUCACCAUAUGAACACGGUGAAGUAUUUGUUCUUGACGACGGCGGAGAGGUGGAUCUGGACUUGGGGAACUAUGAGCGAUUCCUGGACAUUCGUCUCACCAAAGACAACAACCUCACCACCGGAAAGAUCUACCAGUCGGUGAUCAACAAGGAGAGGAGGGGAGACUACCUCGGCAAGACUGUACAAGUGGUACCCCACAUCACAGAUGCCAUCCAGGAGUGGGUCAUGAAGCAGGCCAGGAUCUCAGUAGACGAUGACGGCGUGGAGCCACAAGUUUGUGUCAUAGAACUGGGAGGCACAGUGGGGGACAUCGAGAGCAUGCCCUUCAUCGAGGCCUUCAGACAGUUCCAGUUCAAGGUGAAGAGGGAAAACUUCUGCAACAUCCACGUCAGCUUGGUGCCACAGCCCAGCACCACAGGAGAACAGAAAUCCAAACCAACCCAGAACAGUGUCCGAGAGCUCAGAGGGCUCGGCCUCUCUCCAGACUUGAUCAUGUGCCGCUGUACAUCACCGCUACAAACUGCCGUGAAGGAGAAGAUCUCCAUGUUCUGUCAUGUCGAGCCCACACAGGUGGUCUGUGUCCAGGAUGUGUCCUCGGUUUACAGAGUGCCUCUGCUGCUGGAGGAGCAGGGAGUCGUCAGCUACUUCUGUCAGCGGCUGAACCUGCCUGUGGAGAUAAUGAGGCCCAGAAGGAUGCUCACAAAGUGGAAGGAGAUGGCCGACAGAUCUGACCGUCUCCUGGAGCAUGUCUCCAUCGCCCUUGUGGGGAAGUACACAAAGUUAUCGGACUCCUACACUUCAGUUAUUAAGGCCCUCGAGCACUCAGCCCUGGCAAUCAAUCACAAGCUGGAGGUCAAGUACAUAGACUCUGCAGACCUGGAGACUACGACUCUUCAAGACGAACCAGUGAAAUAUCACGAGGCCUGGCAAAGACUCUGCAGCUCUCAUGGUGUGUUGGUACCAGGAGGUUUCGGUGUGAGAGGGACAGAAGGAAAGAUUCUGGCUAUUAGCUGGGCAAGGAAGCAGAAUAAGCCGUUCCUGGGAGUAUGCUUGGGCAUGCAGCUGGCUGUGUGCGAGUUUGCCCGCAAUGUUCUCGGAUGGGAAGAUGCAAACUCCACAGAAUUCAACCCUGACUCCAAACACCCUGUGGUGAUUGACAUGCCGGAGCACAACCCAGGGCAGAUGGGUGGGACUAUGAGGUUGGGGAAGAGGCGGACGAUUUUCAAGUCCAACACCAGUGUCCUGAAAAAGCUGUACGGAGAUUUCGAAUAUGUUGAGGAGCGGCACAGACACAGAUUUGAGGUGAAUCCGGAGCUGAAGCAUCAUUUUGAAGCGAAGGGUUUUAAUUUUGUUGGUCAGGAUGUGGAAGGAGAGAGAAUGGAAGUCAUUGAAUUGGAAGGACACUGUUACUUCGUCGGAGUGCAGUACCAUCCAGAGUUCACCUCCAGACCCAUCAAACCCUCUCCUCCAUACUUUGGUCUCCUGCUGGCGGCUGCAGGAAAACUCCAGGGCUACAUGGCCAAGGGCUGUCGCCUUUCUCCACGGGACACCUACAGCGACCGCAGCGGCAGCAGCUCUCCUGAAGUGGAUAGCUCCGAGCUGAGGUUCCCCUCUUUGUAGUUGUAGAGUUGUGUUUCUGUCAUUGAAGCAAAUCAAUACGAAGCUGCUCUGCCCCCGUAAUAACGUUGCGAACCAAAAUAUGUGUUUGGUUAUCAUGGUUUUAGCUCUAAAUCAGCGCUUUUGUGCAGUUAAAGGGUUAUUUUGCUGGUAUCUCUGUUUGUGCUUCAAAGUGGCUGCGAUAAGCAAAAAACUUGAAAUGAAAAGCUGACAGGGAUUAAAGUUUAACCAAAUAUGGACAUUCUAGAGAAACUAUAAAGAAAAUGGGGAAAUGGUAUAAAUAAUUAAUUGUAUCUGUAUGUUUCUUCAAAUACAUAAGGAAAUGGACUAUGUAUUUUCCAGUUAGAUGGAGAAGACGUAGCCUCAGUGACAGAUGUCUAUGGUUGGAGUUAAGGUCUCUGCAAUCGGGUUUUUGUUGGAGUAACCGUCCUACGAUUGAAAAACUGAAACGAAACAGAACUUACGCGGUUUUAUGUGAAAUUCAUAGUCGAGUAGAGGUAGUGAUCUGUUUUCCUCUCAGAAAUGUUGUUUUUCUCUCAUACAAUUGUAUUUACUGUGCCCUCAGGCUUACUACACAACACUGUAAACUACGUGUUAUUCUGGUUUGAGAUGACCUUGUAUUUUGUUCUAAAUACUACGACUUUACUUGCUAUUCCAAGCAAAUCUGUUCACGGAACAGAACAACAAUGUUGCACUUUUGUGGCUGCGGGAUGAAUGCAUUUCCCUGUUGUAAUGAGGUGAGAAGUUUUAAUACGACAAGGGUGCUGGGAUUUUGUUUCUGCAUGCAAGUUGUUAUUUACACUUGUGUUGUAAUUAGUUUGUAUUCCCUGAGUCACUUGCUCUGGUUGCAUGACUUCCUGCUUUUCUUUGGAACCUUUGAGCUGCUGACAUUAACAAAUAUUGUUUUCUGACUCCACUGCCUUUGACAGUCCCAUGUGACCCUCAGCUUUUUAAUAUGAAAUCUACUGAUCCAGUCAUCUCAGAAUCCGGCCAAAUUUAAGUGACCCUUGAGUUAACACAACUGGUUUGGCAUAUGAAAACAGAAAUCUGACCUAAAUUUGAUCUCAAAGCUUCAGUAGCAGCCAAAUACGGAUGGGAAGCAUCAAGCCCCCAAGUUACAUUUUUGACUUGGAAUCCUGUUAAAUUAUUCCUGCGUUUGUGUCGGUGACCCAAAUGUAAGAAAAGAAAAGCAUUAUUUUAUAUUUAUGAAGUUCUGAUGCCUGUGUGAAAGGAAUAUGUGCAUUUAUCCUCAAUAAAUAAGUGUUUUAUUUCUCA